AUGCCUCCACUACCUCGGCAAGGUAAUCCGUCAUCCAUCACACGCCCGUUCGCCUGCUUUUAUCACCUUCCGCCGUUCCGCCGCCAUUCCGUCCCCUUCGAUCUCCUCUUAUCGGCCGUGCUCAUCCAUCCAUUGACUGCUCCGUGUUCUUGGUUGCGACGGCUGCAGACGUUCAAACGGAAGAACCAGAAGCCGCUCUACGAGGCCAUCCUCAAGGUCAAAGAAGAGCUGAUGCUUCUCGGGUUCAUCUCGCUGCUGCUGACGGUGUGCCAGGGGAAGAUCCAGAACAUCUGCAUUCGUCCUAGCUGGACACUCCACAUGCUGCCAUGCCAAGGGGGGGACGAGGUCCGGGCCGGUGAAGCGUCACCGACAAAGGAGCAUCUUGUUACAGCCCAGAUCAUCGGCAGAAUCGGGAGGCGGCUGCUCAGCGGGGGCGCGGCGGAAGCCGACGUCUGCCGGUCGAAGGGAAAAGCUCCGUUGAUGUCCCUUGAAGCUAUACACCAGUUGCAUAUUUUCAUAUUUGUGCUGGCUAUUACACAUGUUGUAUUCAGUGUUUUGACGAUGCUUUUAGGAGGUGCAAAGAUACAUCAGUGGAAACUGUGGGAGGAUGCAAUUCAGAAAGACACUGCAGGAAAUGGGCCCAAGAAGGUGAACAAUGUACACAAUUUCGAAUUUAUCAGGGAGCAUUUUAAGGGUAUUGGCAAAGAUUCUAGAAUAUUGAGUUGGCUGCAUUCUUUUUUCAAACAGUUCUAUGGAUCAGUAAGUAAAACCGACUACACGACAAUGCGUCUUGGUUUUAUCAUGACCCACUGCCGUGGAAACCUGAAAUUCGAUUUCCAUAAAUACAUGCUGCGGGUUUUAGAGUCCGAUUUUAAGAAGGUGGUAGGGAUAAGCUGGUACUUGUGGGUCUUCGUGGUGAUCUUUCUGUUGCUGAAUGUUAAUGGGUGGCACACAUACUUUUGGAUUGCAUUCAUUCCCCUUAUUCUUCUGCUAGCCGUGGGCACCAAGUUGGAGCACGUCAUAGCUCAGUUAGCCCAGGAUGUAGCUGAGAAGCACUCGGCGGUCGAGGGCGAUUUGAUCGUAAAGCCAUCGGAUGACCACUUCUGGUUCGGGCGGCCGAGGAUCGUCCUGUUCCUGAUCCAUUUCAUCCUCUUCCAGAAUGCCUUUGAGAUUGCAUUCUUCUUUUGGAUACUGACCACCUACGGAUUCAACUCCUGCAUCAUGGGGCAAGUUGGCUUCAUUGUGCCGAGGCUUGUUAUUGGGCUCAUCAUUCAGCUUCUCUGCAGCUACAGCACCCUGCCUCUGUAUGCAAUUGUAACACAGAUGGGGAGCUUCUACAAGAAGGAGAUCUUCAAUGAGCAUGUGCAGCAGGGUGUCCUGGGUUGGGCUCAGAAGGCCAAGAUGAAGAAGGGAUUCAAGAAGAGCAAUGGCGCGGCAGAAUCGACGAGCCCCGUUGGUUCUGCAGGGCCUUCUGCUAAGGUUGAGAUGGUGAGACGACCAGCGGGGCAAGGCAACGAUGCUGGUGAAAGCAUAGAAUGA